AACUUUAAUUGUCUCGAUACAGUCGAAUACUAUACAGAAAUAUCGCAUUAUGGAAGGGAUUUUCACUGACCGAGAUCUCAUGAAUUUGUUUCAAAUAUCAAGAAAGGAAAAGGAAAUAACAAAAAUAUCUAAUUUUCCUGAUAAUUUUAUCCACCGAUGUCGAAUUAAAGACUCAAAAAGUUCAAUUAGGAUUUCAUGACCGUGAACCAUAAUUUAAUAUAAAUAAUUGUUUUUUUCAAUCAUAUAUUCUGCUAUCACUUAUGAAAUAUAGUAUCAAAGAAAAAAAAGAAAAUAUUCUCAGAUAAGUUUUACUGUACAGAUAACCCAAUGUUGAUUAAGCCAUUCUACAUUAGAUGAUACAUGUGACUGCAAUCUCAGUCACUGUUUAGAUAUCAUGAAGUGGUAAUCACUUUCAUCAGCUGGAGUCUAGAGAUAAGAGACAAAAUGGGUUCCUACUCUGUGGCAUUAUUUAGUGUGGGAAGAAAAAUACCAUUUGUAAUGGGUAUUAAGCAUAGGAACUUUUGGAGUAGUCGAGCAUUGUUCCAUACCACAAAGAAAAGAAAAGAAAACUUCCCAAACAUCAAUCUGACAGGCUCAUAUCUUCGUACAAGAGGAGUUAACAAUCCAACACCAUCCCAUCGUAUCAUUCGAUGUCCAUAUCCUGACAUCACUUUUCCAGAUAUUCCAUUGCAUGAGUUCAUUUGGGAAGGAUUGCCCAAAUGGCAAAACAAAACAGCAUUG